AUGAGCGCAGAGGCCAUGGCGUGUGCUGCAACGUCCACAGCACAAAAAUGCGCUCCAAUGAAUCAGGAUUCAGAUGCUCGAGAGAAGCAGUUCUUCACCACUUGGUUGCGAUUGAUGGAGCGCUUGAGGGACGUGACAGAAAUUUCGCGGACUCUACAAAGGUUGCUAACGCAACAAGUCAAUGCAGUCACUAAGUUGCAGGAUAUUCAACACAAGGCUAAUCUCUUAAGCGCCACGGACAAGACUUUAGCUGGUUUGGUGACCCAGAUUAAUGAGUCUUUCUUUUGGGACAUUGUACCAGCGCUUAAGCGAGCAAGACAAGUAAAAAAUGCUCAGUUACAACGUGCACAGGAUUCGUUAGACCGGUAUUUGGAGCUUGGAGACGAGGAAAUGAUGUUUCCACAAAAUUUUGCUGAAAACAUGCUUGCUUUUCAAGCGCAUGGGAGCAAUGAAAGUCAAGGUUCAAAGAAGAUGAGAAAAGAUAAAUUUUUCGACACUGAAAAUGACACAGAUGAUGAUAUUCAGGGUGAUAAACUUCAUGAUAUGCUAGUUGCCAACAGACUUAAGUUGACAACACAGAGAGCUCACGAAGUUUCAAAUCUGUGUUUUGAUCAGCAACAAUCACAUUUAGCUCAGGGUAAUGCUAUGGCCCAUGCGUCUGAUACGGUUGUACCUCCAGCAUUGAAUGAUAAAGUCAAAUGUAGGACGAACAAUCAAAGUGGAAGACUGCUGCAAUCAAUUGAGACAGAUCUUACUGCACGUUCAGACUCAAGAUCUGCUGAUAAGACUCCUACUAAUCAAUCGGAAAGUUUGAGAGUAGACGUACAGGAGUAUGAUCGUAUACACAAACGAACUGCUGUCAGUUUAGUUGCUAAAGAAGUGCUGCGUGUUCGUACGUAUCGAAGGGUGAGAGAAUUUUUAAUUCGCUGGGAAGGAGUAGAAUCGCCAUUAUGGAUUGUAGGCCGCAAAGCUCCACCUCAAGCUAAGAAGCUAAUUGAGCUCUAUGCGUUAAAGUCACGCACACGAGGCGACGAAGUACCGAGCAAGAGAAAAGCAAGUCCGCGAAGAAAGAGGAAGACAAUCGACAAUGAUUUGAUGAUGGAUCAGAGUAAAGAGUCUGAAACUGCAGAUGAGAGUGCAGAGCAUCAACCGGCCGCUCUGUACAAUGUUGACCAUAUUGUUAAUCAUCGUGUAUUUAAUAAUAGCAAGCAAUACCUUGUGCGAUGGGAGAACUAUGAUGAGAGUGAAGAUACAUGGGAGGAUGCGUACGAGCUGCGAGUAGAUGUACCUGACAUAGUCGACGCAUACGAGGAACAAAUUUGUCGUCUUCAGUCUCGAAGUGAAGAGGUUCAGGUGGAUACCGUUGAUGCAAAUUGCAAUAUAGGAAGCAAAUUGGCAGGAAAGAAGCGAAGCAGUGAGAAAGAUGGAUUCAAUGCUUCGAAAAAAGGCAAGAAACAACUCCAAAACGGCACGGCUAAAUUUGAUGACAGCCAGGUUCACAAGAAGCAAUGCGGUCUUGUUAUUAAUAAAGAGGAUCGGGGCCACGAUUCAGAUAUGGACUACAGUAGUGACGCCCUGGAAGAUGCUGUUAGUGAUGACAGCUUGAUAAUUUUCUAA